AUGUCUCAUCUGUGUCUCAAUUUUAGGCCCACUUUUUUUCUAUUUUCUACUUCAAUUUUUAUAAUUUUCCUACGUAUCCUUUUCUCUUUUUUUCUUCUUUUUUCUUCCUUUGUUUCUUCUGUAUUUCUUUCUUUCUUUCUUUCUUUCUUUCUUUCCUUCCUUCCUUCCUUCAUUCCUUCCUUCUUUCUUUCUCUCUUCAUAUUUAACUUUAUCUCUGUAUAUACUUUUUUCUAUUCUUUAAUUAAUUUAUUCUAUUUUUACUUCAUCCUUAAAAUCAUUUUCCAUAUCGCUUCUUUUUUCUCUCUCUCUCUCUCUCAUUCUCACAAUAUUUUCCUUUUUCUCAUUAUUUUUUUCUUUCUCUUUAUCUGUGCUUUAAUUUUACUCCCACUUUUUUUCUAUUUUCUACUUCAACAUUUCAUCUUUUUCUUCUUUCUUUCUUUACUACUGCUUUCUUCGUUUCCACCCUUCCAGCCUGCCUAUCUUCCUUCCUUCCUUAUUUCCUUCCUUACUUCCUUCCUUCCUUCUUCCAUUUAUUCAUUCCUUCCGUCAUUCCUUCUUCCCUUUCUUCCCUCUUCCUUCCUUCCUUCCUUCCUCCCUCCCUCCCUUCUUCCCUUCUUUCACUCUUCCCUUCCUUCCUUCCUUCCUUCCUUCCUUCCUUCCUUCCUUCCUUCCAUUUAUUCCUUCCUUCCUUCCUUCCUUCCUUCCUUCCUUUCAUUCUUUCUUUCUUUAUUCCUUCCUUCCUUCUUUUUUCUUUCUUUCUCUCUUUAUUUCUUUCUUUCUUUCUUGAUAUUUUACUUUUUCUCUUUUGUAAUACAUUUAAUCUUUCUUCUUCUAUAUAUUCUCUCUCUCUCUCUCUCUCUCUCUCUCUCUCUCAAUUUUCAUACAUUUUCUCUUCUCUUAUUACUUCCAUAA